AGCUCACAAUUUUUAUAUUCUUGUAAGGAUUCAUUUUUUGAAAUUUUUAAAUUAAAUAUUUCUACCGAGAAUAAAUAAAUGGAAAUCAAAUAGGAUGAUUCAAGCUAUUCUUGUUUUUAAUAAUCAUGGUAAACCAAGGCUUUCAAAGUUUUAUACACAUUUUAGUGAAGAUCAACAACAGGAAAUUAUAAAGGAAACAUUCAAUUUGGUAUCCAAAAGAGAAGAUAAUGUUUGUAACUUUCUCGAGUAUCCUGGAUCGUUUUUAAUAGACAAUGUAUCAACCGACUGCAAACUCAUUUACCGUCAUUAUGCAACAUUAUAUUUUGUAUUUUGCGUUGAUAGUAGUGAAUCAGAGCUUGGAAUCUUAGAUUUAAUUCAAGUUUUUGUGGAAACACUUGACAAAUGUUUUGAGAAUGUUUGUGAGUUGGAUUUGAUCUUUCACUCUGAUUCAGUUCAUCACAUUUUAAAUGAACUUGUUCUUGGUGGGAUGGUUCUCCAAACAAACAUGAAUGAAAUAUUGGCAAGAAUUGAAGAUCAAAAUAAAAUACAAAAAACAGAAGCAGGAAUGUCUGCUGCUGCCAGUGCUUCAAGAGCUAUGACGGCUAUGAAGAACAUAAAUCUACCACAAAUCAAAGACAAAGUCAUCGAUUUUAGCUCUAUAAGAGAAUUCAAGUUCUGA